ACCUACACUUUCUUCUAAAGAAAUUAAUUAACGCACACAUUUCGUACCAACCAAUAACUAAGGUCAAAACCUAGGCGUGCAGAGAGGGAGGGAGAGAGAGAGAGAGAGAAUGAAUUGCUAAAAAUUAAAUCCGAAAACAUAAUAAAUAGAUAAGCCUAAAAUGGAAGAAACACUAUGUAGUUUCCUUUUUUGUUGUAAAAAGCAUCCACUGAAGCCUUCCCUUCUGCUUAAUAUACAUUUAAACUUUCAUCUCUCCAAAGAACCCUAUUUGAUAAUCGACAAAUAUAGUAUAUUAAGUGUUUUGAUUGUUCAAACACAAGAGAGUUGUAAAAAAAAAAAAAAAAAAGGAAGAGAGAAAUGGGGAGAGGAAGAGUGGAGCUGAAGAGGAUCGAAAACAAGAUCAACAGACAGGUGACCUUCUCCAAGAGAAGAAAUGGGUUGCUGAAGAAAGCGUAUGAGCUUUCAGUGCUUUGUGAUGCUGAGGUUGCCCUUAUCAUCUUCUCUAAUCGUGGCAAGCUCUACGAGUUUGGCAGCUCAGGGUACAUCUAUAGUAUGACCAAGACCCUUGAGCGAUACCAACAAUGCUGCUUUACUCCUCAACCUCAACACAACAUCCCUGAACAUGAAACACAGAGUUGGUACCAAGAGAUAAUCAAGUUGAAGGCAAAAUAUGAAGCACUUGAACGCACUCAAAGGCAUUUGCUUGGAGAUGAUCUUGGACCAUUGAAUCUGAAAGAGCUGCAAAACCUUGAGAAGCAGCUUGAAGGAACUCUUGUACUGGCUAGACAAAGGAAGACUCAGAUUAUGAUGGAACAAAUGGAAGAUCUCCGGAAAAAGGAGCGUCAGCUUGGAGAGCUUAACAAACAGUUGAAAAUCAAGCUUGAUGGGGAAGGACAAAACCUGAAAACAAGCCAAGGCUUAUGGAGUUGUUGCACAACGGCUGAAAAUAGCCACUUUCCACUGCAUCCUUCUCACCCCAACCCUAUGGAAUGUGACCAUGAACCUGUUUUACAGAUAGGGUACAAUCAUUACAUUAGGUACCACCACCAUUAUGUUGAAGCUGAAGGAUCCUCAGUCCCCAGAAGCAUGGCUGGUGAGACCAAUUUCAUCCAUGGAUGGGUCAUCUGAGCCCUCUAUAACUCAAAAUCAUCACACACACACACACACACACACACACAUAUAUAUAUAUAUAUUGUGUAAUGUUGCCAACAUAUACAUAUAGACGCUGCUCAAAGUGUAGAAAAUAAAGAAAUGCUUGGAUCUUAAGGGAGCAUUCCUUCUCUAACUGGGACAUUAGAUGUAUAUAUAUAUACCUUGUUACUGUUAUAUUUUAGCCUUCAAUAUUAUUCUGUAGCCUAA